UUGAGUAUAUAUUUAUGAUUCAUCGUAUCGUUAACAUCAGAGGCAUCUCCAAAAUACGUAGUGGAAGUUUGUGAAAUUAAAGUUGGUCGGAUACCCAAUACUGUUGACACAGAUUCCGGAACCAUACAAUUACCCUAACGUGAAACUCAGAUCACCGAAAAUGUCUCUGUAUCCAUCUCUCGAGGACAUGCAGGUAGGAAAGAUCCUACAAUCACAAAGUGCUGCUGUUGCGAGUGCUGCUGCAAGUCAGCCACAUUAUCAAAUGAACAACCACCAGGAUCCUCCUCCAGCUUACACAAUGAAUCCAUAUCCACAACUGAAUGAACUGCCACCGGGCCCGGUUAUCACUAGCGAAAAAGAGAAGAAAGGCGAGUUCUAUUAUCCAGAUUUAGCCGACUAUAUGGGUCUAGAGCUGAGCCGUGAAGUAAUUGCUGCCAACAUGCCAGAGUAUCUUAACCGUGAUGGGCGUGUCACAAUGUACCAGCCGGAAGUUUUACCGAUGGCAGUUGUAAACAAUGCCACCAUGGUAGCGCCUGUUUCCGGAGGAUCGGUCGGAUUGCAGCGUGUACAAGUUACCAACGGGAUUCGUGAGUUAAUCUUAUGUAAGGGACCCGAUAAAAAAGUCGGACUUCGCGCACAAUCAAUUAAUAAAGGUGUAUUUGUGGCGCUUGUUGUUAAGAACAGUCCGGCUGCAAUGGCUGGUCUUAGAUUUGGAGAUCAAAUCCUUCAGAUUAAUGGGACGCUGGUUGCUGGAUAUUCCGUUGAUGAUGUCCACAAGCUGUUGAAAAAGAGCGAUAAGAAUAACAUUUCGCUUGUGGUUAGAGAUCGUCCUUUUGAACGAGCAGUUACGCUCCACAAAGACUCUGCAGGUCACCUUGGAUUCCAGUUCAACAAUGGUAAAAUAACUGCCAUCGUACAAGGUUCGUCAGCGGCACGGAAUGGGCUUUUAAUUGAACACCAAAUUCUGGAAGUGAACGGACAGAAUGUUAUAGGCGUUAAAGAUAAGGAGAUAACGCAGCUCAUAAAUGAAGGCGGUACGAUCAUAACUUUGACUAUUAUACCGUGUAUCAUUCAUGGCGUAAUGAUGAAUAAGCUUCCAACUUCAUUUAUUAAAAGCAAAAUGGACCAUUCGGUACCGGAUUUCUAAGAAUGAUUAUGUGAAUUUCGUUGUUGCCAAACUGAUUUACUUCCAUUUUCAUAUUAAGCGCAUAUUAUUAUACUAUUGUCAAAUAUGUUAAACUUUUAAAGAACAUAAUAACCGGAAAUGCACUAAACUGAUUGAAGCACAUUUUGUGUAGGAAUGAGCAACUUUUUAUUAGGAUAUGCUGGAUUUUGAUAGGCAUAUUAUAAUAGAAAUUGUGCAAAUUAUCUCAAUAAGUCCACUCGUUAUAUCUUAUUGGAUGUAAAAAAAAACAAAAUAAAUAGAACCAAAUCAUCAAUUAGAAAAUCA